CCUUUUUUUUAUUAUAGAAAUUUUUAUAUAAAAAAUGCCCAUGUUCGAAGCUCAGGGUGUAUCUAUGCAGUUGGAGGAUGGAAGAUGGCUAUUUAAACAAGUUGAUAUAGAAUUAGAAAAAGGAGAUAUCCUUGUCUUGAGAGGCCCGAGUGGCGCAGGUAAAACAACCCUUUUGAAAUGUUUGGCUGAAUUAGUGCCUUAUACGACAGGCAGAAGUUAUUUGAAUGGUCAGACACCCUCACAGUAUGGUAUUCCCAUCUGGAGGUCAAGGGUCAUGUACGUACCUCAACGACCUGCUGUUCAUCCAGGUACACCCAUGGAUUUGUUUAAUAUGGCAAAAAAUUAUACUUCACAGAAAGGAAAAUAUAUUGGAGAUCCUAUAAAGAUUGGGGUAGAUUGGAACUUGUCCGAAAGUCAUUUUUAUGAAAAUUGGAGCUGUUUAUCGGGAGGUGAAAUGCAAAGAGCUGCCUUGGCUAUUGCACUUGCUUUAAAUCCAGAGAUUCUAUUACUUGAUGAACCUACUUCUGCUUUAGAUCCAGAGUCGACUUUACUCGUCGAGAAAUCACUAAAGGGGCGAACAUGCGUCCUGAUCACUCAUAAUCCACAACAGGAGACACGUUUGGCUACCAAGACAUUAUAUUUACCUCGAUUAGCUUUAUUGCCACAACGUAGCGAUGACGAAAUUACGAUGGCGUAAAAAGUAAAUAAAUAAAAGAAGGGCGGGUAGAUCUGCUUAGUUUCAUUUACUAUUUAUGGGCAAGAACACCGAUUGUUAUUAAGAAAGGGUAAACUUUAUAGUUCACGCGUCUAAAUAUACAGUGAUAGUCAUCAGUUGUAACCAUAAGAUUAUAUUUUAUUUCUUUCCCCUUGCAUAAGGAUUGCUUUAUUCUAACAAAAACAUAAUUUAUAAAAAAAAAAAGAAGAAAAAAAAGAAGCAUGUAUACAAUAUAAUAAAGGGGAAGAAGAGGGCAUAUAAAGAAGAUAUAAUGUGUAUAUUAAAAAAAGGGAAGCUACUGUCAACAGUUACUUUUUUGUUCUCUGCUUUUAUAAAGGGAUGGAGUAUAUAUAUAUAUAUAUGUGUGU